AUGUGUGGACUUGGCUUUAUCAGCGUGUCUAAUUGCAAUAUUGAUCUGAUGUGCAAGGACAGGAUACGGAAGCCGCCUACUGUUGGGAGAAAUCGAAGUAAGAUAUCGUCAGCGGCCAUGCUAGCAACAAGUGUUCUCAAUGGUCAGAAAGAGCGCCUGGAUGAUCCGUUCGAAUUAGAAUUCGAAUCUGUUACCAAACAAUCUGAAGCAGCAGGAUAUGGCGUUUACUUUGGAGACGGCGACCCGCGCAACACUGCCGCCCCGUUGGUGGGCCCUGUCCAGACAAACAACCGCGCAGAGUUGACUGCCAUCAAGCAAGCUCUGGAAAACAUACUCGAGGAGUUUGAGUUCGGUAACGGCGAGCAGUACCAGAUCCUCACGGACUCGGAGUAUUGCGUGAAAUGCAUUUUAGUGUGGUCCAAGACGUGGCAGAAGAACGGCUGGAAAAACUCGAAAAAACAGCCCGUCGCCAACCGCGAUCUAAUCGAGGCAAUCCUUGGUCUGAUAGACCGGAUAAAUGACGAAUACGCUCGACAUGGUUUUGGCAGACUGACCGUGGAUUGGGUGCGUGGGCAUGCAAAUAAUCACGGCAACGAGAUGGCAGAUGCACUAGCCCGGGAGGGGGCCGGUAUGGAAAGAAAGUAG